AUGCGUGAUGAAUGUGUCAUGGAUUUAACAGAAAUGGCAGAAGAGGGUCUGUUGGACACUCUUAUUGGAAGGCAAGAUGAAAUAGAGAGAGUAAUGCAAAUACUUUGCAAAACAAGAAAAAACAACCCUUGUCUUAUCGGUGUUCCUGGUGUCGGAAAGACUGUUAUAGUUAGAGGGCUUGCUAAUCAGAUAGCUACCUCCAUUGUUCCUCCAGAACUUGUGGAAAAAAGGGUGCUUGCACUAGACUUGAGACAAAUGAUUGUUGGAACUUCAAAUACAGAUGAAUUUGAGAGAACGCUAAUAGAAGCAGUGGAUGGAUGUGGGAAAGCUAGAAAUAUAGUUCUUUUCAUUUCUGAAUUGCAUACCCUUGUAGCAGCUGGUGCAGGCAGUAAAGCCGGAGAUGGAGCUAAUAUAUUGAAAGAAGCUAUUGAAAGGGGGGGACUCCAGUGUAUAGUUGAAACUACACCGCAGGAAUACAGAGAGUACAUAGAGAAAGAUAGAUCAUUCAAACGAUGUUUUCAAAAUGUGCAUAUUAUUUCUGAGCCUUCAAUUGAGGAGGCUAUUGAAAUACUAAAAGCGAUGUGCCCUAAACAUGAAGCUCAUCAUAAAGUUACAUAUGAAACCGAUGCUUUAGUUGCUGCUGUUCGUUUAUCAAAGAAGUACACAAGGGACCGUUUUCUUCCUGAUAGCGCAAUUGACUUGAUUGACGAAGCAGGCGCUAGAUUUCAACUGCAAAAAUUGAAGUUGCCACUUUCUGAACCUGUAAUAACUGUGAAGGACAUAAAGCAUGUGAUCUCAAUGGGGACAGGAAUUGCAGUGGAGGUCCUGAACAUGAACUGA